AUGAAUUUGUUUAUUUACUUACACGAGAGACAAAGAGAGCGGGAAUCGUCGUAAAAUCGGCAUAAAAACAGCAAACAUCAUCUGCUCUCAAAUUUUAAUCCGAGAGUGAAAAGUGUUUUAUAAACAACGAAAUAAUUUUCAUAUUAACGUAAAGUUUAAAAACAUACUUAUUUACAAAAUUCCUCGUGCUAUUGCUCGUGUUAUUAUAUCGCGUAGCAAAUACAUGUUACUAGAUAUUUUACAAAAGUGAAGUGUAAAGUGAUGAAUAAGAUGAAUUUAUUUAUGAUAUAAUUUUAUAAAUAUUAAAUAUGCCCUAAUAAUGAAGUAGUGCCAACUCCUCCCUCAGUAAUUUAAGCGUAUGCAUGUCAUGGUAGAAACAACGAUGGAAGAGUGUAUCAGACAAGGACAACAUUAUUACUGUUUCCUCUGCUCAACUUUAAUUCAAGAUUCGCCUCCUCCUCCCACCCCCCUCGCCGCGGAACAGAUCGCCUUGUGCAAAGAUUUCCUAAACGAGAUCGACCCCACGAAUUAUGUGGAGAAUAAUAAUUCACAAUCAAAAUGUUGCCACAAUUGUGUCCCCGGAAUUCAGCAAGUAUGGGACUUGAACCAGGAUAUUUUAAUUAUAAGGAGGAGAAUCGUUAAUAUUUUGUCCGAGUUGGGGAGGCGACGUCACGAAGACGUUGUCCUUCCCUCCACGCCAGAUUCCAACCCUAACCCUGGUCAAACUUCCUCUCGUGUCGUCUCUGAUAUCCUGGACAUAGGGUUUCCGUUCAUCAAGCUCGAGGCCGAGGGAACCAGUCAGCUAAUAGAUACGACCGAAAAUGAAAUCAAUAUCCUUCAGACCGUUUUUACCGGGGGGCCUGCAACACCGGGUGCUUACGUAUUGCCAUAUAACCUCAACCCCACAGAGGACGAGAAACCAUGUCUGCAGGCAGCCAAUAAGAAAACUCCCAACGUCGGUUAUGAGAGGGUUACCCGUAACGGUAAAAGUUUGUAUGUUUGUUUAAACAAACCCUGCUGGUUCACGUCGAGAUACCUUACAAAUGCCUGCCGACACGUGAGAAUAAUGCACAACGCUAGUGGCGGAGUGUCGGAUAGAAGAUUUGACCAAGUUUUCGAUAACAUCGCUGCAUCGAUAAGCGCAGUUUCCGAUCUUUCUUCUGAUAUCCAGCCCAUCAAGAGUAAGACCGGAUCUACCGAUAUGGAGUCGUCUGACUCCAUCCUGGUCGGCCAACGGUCCCCGGAAGAUGACCAAGUACUUAGCCCUUCAUCAAGACCGAAGAAAAUGCGAACUCCUAACGUCGGUUAUAAGAGGGUCACCCGUAACGGUAAAAGUUUGUACGUUUGUUUGAAGAAACCUUGCUCGUUCACGUCGAGAUACCUUUCAAAUGCUUGCCGGCACGUUAGAGUGAGGCACAACGUGAGUGGCGGAGUAUCGGACAAAAGAUUUGACCAAGUUUUCGAUAAUAUCGCCGCAUCAAUAGCGCCCGGUUUCGGCCUGUCUUCGGAUAGCCAACCCAUUAGGAGUAAGGCUGGAACUACCGACAAAAACAUUUGUGCCAUUUUGGAAUCAUCUUGCUCCAUCCUUCCCACAACCAAACAGUCCGCGAUAGAAGAAAACCAAUCCCCACCAUCCAGUCCUGAGCAAAUGCUAUAUUCGAAUAAUAAUGGUUAUAAGAGGGUCACCCGAAAUGGGAAAGAUUUGUACGUGUGUUUGAAGAAACCCUGCUGCUUCACGUCGAGAUACCGUACCAAUGCCUGUCGACACAUUCGAACGAAGCACAAAGUAAUUUCCUAUACUUUCAGUGACCGAGAACCAGUCGUUCCUUAUGUGUUGGAUGGAAGCAGCGUAGUUAAUGGGGCGUCAUUUCGAGACGACGCUGCUUCCCUGGCUGCAGAGUUGGACUCAAUCUCGGACAUCGAAUUCAUUAAGAUGGAGACCGAACCCAGUCAAAACAUUUGUGAUGCAAAGAUUUUUUAAGACCAUUUUCUGCCUCGUGUAGUUGGGACAGUUUUUUUGUAGUGGGGGGUGUUACACAUUUGUGAUUUUUUUCUUUGAUUCUGUAUUUUUUAUUUAUAUAUUUGUGUAUUUAUCUAUAUAAAAUAAAUAUAAAAUAGACAAAAAA